AUGAUGGCGGCAUAUCCGUACAUGGUGGGGAUGGCUCGAAUCGAGUUGACAACGCCAAACGUUAACGAGUUCGCGAACCUGGUCAUAGGGUGUGAACUGUACGAACGGACUUCAGGCUUGCCGUCGGAAUGCGUUGGGCCUCGGCUGAGUACCGAGCAGCUCGUACUUAAGCGAGAGUUAGGGGCACAUGGCGGACUGGUGGUGACGGACGUGCAUCUGCUGGGUAAGAGAAGGCGCUCAUGGCUCGAGCGUCUCUGGGUGGACUGGCAGGUGCAUAUAGCCGCCCGAGCGGCUGUGGACGUGCACAAACCCGAUGUGGCCCUGGUACUCGGCGACCGAUUCGAUGAGGGGAAUCGUUGGACGUCAGAUGCGGAUUACGGCGAAUACGCUGGGCGGUUCUUUCGGGUCUUUUCCAGCUUUUUGCCCUUGAAGACGCUGAACUUGGUCGGCAACCAUGAUACCUCGUUUGGACGGGACAUGAGGAUUGAGGACUUGAAGCGCUACGAAGUCACGUUCGGGGAGGCGAACCGGAUUGACGAAAUCGGAGGCCACACAUUUGUGAGGCUGAAUACGAUGGCGCUGGACGCGGAUGUGGCUAGUCGAGCAGUCAAGACGGAGGCUAAGAGCUUCCUGGAGAGCGUCAACUUUGAGGACCUUCGAGCGCGAACGACUGGCAGUGUAGUGUUGCUCACACACCUGCCGCUCUUCCGUGCUGACGACCUCCAGUGUGGAGAAGAACGGCUGCGCGAAGCGGGCCACGUCACCUAUGAGCACCCGGGUUUCAAGUACGAAACGCACCACCACGUUCUCUCUCGCGAGCUGUCGACGGAGUUGCUGGCCAAAGUGCGGCCGGAUCUGGUCUUUUCAGGCCACACACACGCCUGGUGCGCGUAUAAGCUUCCUUGA